CGCCAUUCCUCAUCUUACUUAUAAGCAAUGUCUAAGUCCCGAACAGGGUUUUCCGCAGUCCGUCUAUCGAGUCGUCGACGGCUUGCCUCAUUAGACGGGCUCUAAUAAGAGCUGUUGCACAACUUUGUUCUUGACCUCUGCUAGUAAACUAUGUUGACGCUUACCUAUGUCGCUUGGCUGAACCCAACAUGUCUUGUUGGUAUCGGAGUAUAUCUGCUAAUGCGGGUCUUCAAAAAGAAGAACCCUGCACCAUAUCCACCCGGUCCUCCGGGGUUGCCUCUCGUUGGGAAUGUGCUAGACAUUCCCCAAGCCAAGCCCUGGCUCACCUUCGCAAAGUGGGGCAAGAUGUAUGGUGAAAUAUCGCACGUCGAGGUUCUGGGUCAGCACACCAUCGUGUUGAAUUCUGUCAAGACUGCGAUGGACAUGCUGGAUAACAAGAGCACGGUGUACUCUGACCGUCCUGUUUUUCCCAUGGCUGGCGAACUGGUUGGCUUCAAGGACAGUUUACCUCUUCUCUCUUACGGCGGCCGUUUUCGUCAGUACCGCAAGAACUUCCAUCGCGUCAUUGGCAGCCGUGCGGCAUUGGACAUCUAUAGGCCGAUUAUGGAGAUUGAGACUCACCGAUUCCUCAAGCGUGUGCUUACAACACCCGACCAAUUACAGGAACGCAUUCGACACACCGCUGGCGCUGUCAUUCUGCGCAUCUCUUAUGGUUAUGAAGUGAAAGAGAGCAGCGAUCCCUUUAUCAAUAUUGCAGAACGCGCGCACAACCGAUUUUCACAGUCCAUUGCUCCUGGUGCCUUCAUGGUUAAUUAUCUUCCAUUCUUGGCCAAGGUCCCUGAGUGGCUUCCUGGUGCUGGCUUCAAGCGUCUAGCCCGUGAAUGGCACGAGAUUGUCCAAGAGAUGGCUGCUGGCGAUGCCCCAAUGUCAUGCAUCUCCGCUAUGUUGGAAGGCCAAACUCCGACUGCGGAAGAACAUGACAUUGCGAGAUGGUCUGCUGUAUCUCUAUAUGGCGGUGGUUCCGACACAACUGUGUCCGCAAUAUAUUCGCUCUUUCUAGCCAUGACACUUUUUCCUGAUGUGCAGAAGAAAGCUCAGGCUGAAAUAGAUGCCGUUGUUGGUCCUGAUCGUCUUCCCUCCUUGGCCGACCGUGCCUCCCUCCCCUAUAUCGAGGCGCUUGCCAAAGAAGUACUGCGCUGGAAUGUUGUCACUCCUAUCGGUCUUCCCCACCGUGUAACUGAGGACGACGUCCAUGACGGGUACUACAUUCCAAAAGGUUCUAUCAUAAUACCCAACCUUUGGUUCAUGCUCCAUAACCCGGAGACCUAUUCUGAUCCCUCACAAUUCAACCCUGAACGCUUUUUGGCCAAUGACGGAAAGAAGCCUGAGACAGAGCCUCGGACAAUCUGCUUUGGUUUUGGAAGACGUAUCUGUACAGGUCUCCUCCUCGCUGAAUCCUCCAUCUGGAUAUCCGCGGCGAUGUCAUUGGCGGUGUUUGAUAUCUCCAAGGUCGUCGAGAACGGUAUUGAGAUCACCCCCGAGGUUGACCCGUCAUCACUCACCAUCAGCCACCCCAAGCCUUUCAAGUGCUCUAUUCGGGCUCGCUCGGCAAAAGCAAUUGCACUCGUUCAGCAGGAUGCUAACUACUAAAGGCACAAGGAUAACAUUUCACUCCGUCAUGUUUCUUUCUCAGAAAUAGAGGAUUCUGGUGAUCGUACAUCAUGUAUUAUUAUGACCUCAUCUUUUGAAUCAAUGCCAUAUACUUAUAUCGGGGGAUGUCAAAAGACGUUCUCCGAGCCUCGAUCAAGGUUAAGUACGUCAACCUCUUCAAUAUUCAGUCAACCCAGUUGGUAUGAUACCCUUGUCAACCCUCUUCAGCUCCACUAUAACACUAGGAUACUGUGAUGAAACUUCGAGUUAAUAUAACCUGCCAGUGACACCGCUGUCCAAAAUGUCCUAGUCGCCCAGCUUCCCGCUACUUGC